AUGCGUCGGUUUCUUGAGAAGUCCAACAUCACCGAUUUCAAUGUUACAUCGUUCUUUCGUCAGGCUGGGGAUAACUUCACCGCCAUCCCAAACAUUGGCAUUGCAGUCUCUGGUGGUGGUUAUCGAGCUCUCAUGAAUGGGGCUGGCUUCAUCUCUGCUGCUGACUCUCGCGACAAUGAAAACUCAAGUGUCGGUGGCCUGCUACAGUCCACAACUUACCUCGCAGGUUUGUCCGGGGGCGGGUGGCUACUCGGAUCCAUUUUCGCCAACAACUUUUCUACCAUACACUCCCUUCAGCAAGGGCGAAAAGGUACAGGCCUUUGGGAAUUUGAUCGAUCCAUCUUCAGGGGACCGGAGAAAGGUGGCAUCGGAAUCCUGAAUACGGUCAGCUACUGGAAAGAUAUGCUGGAAGCGGUCGACAGCAAAGCAGACGGUUGGGAGACCUCGAUUACGGACUAUUGGGGUCGUGCACUAUCCUACCAGCUUAUUGGAACGCCGGACGGAGGGGAAGCAUAUACCUUUUCCUCCAUUGCGAACACCUCCAACUUCGAGAAUGGCUCAACGCCUUACCCGAUACUCAUUGCAGAUGGCAGGAGGACUGGCGAGAUUGUCGCAGCCCCGAAUGCGACUAUAUACGAGUUCAAUCCCUUUGAGCUUGGAUCAUGGGAUCCCACCACGUACGGAUUUGUGCCCCUUGAAUGGCUUGCCUCCAACUUCACCAAUGGCACCAUAUCUUCCAGAGGGGACUGCGUUCGGGGAUUUGAUCAGCUAGGUUUCGUGAUGGGCACAUCUUCUUCUCUUUUCAACGUGGCUCUGCUCGCCAAUUUUAGAAGCGCUGGGAAUGAAAGCUUUAUCGCAUCAUUCGUGGCCAACGCGAUCGAAGAGCUUCUCCAAAACUUCAACGAACAGGAGAAUGACAUUGCAAACUACGAGCCUAAUCCUUUCUUUGAAUGGAACCCGACUAAGAAUAACUCAAAUGCCGACGAGGACCAGCUGGCUCUUGUCGACGGUGGCGAGGAUGGUCAGAACAUACCGCUGCAUCCAUUGAUCCAACCAGUGCGGGCCGUCGAUAUCAUAUUCGCCAUUGACUCCUCUGCUGAUACUGAGACGAACUGGCCCAAUGGGACCUCCAUGCGGGCAUCGUACAGCCGGUCAAUGUCGGACAUUGGGAACAACACCUUGUUUCCUCCGGUGCCUUCCGCAGAGACCUUCAUCAACCUGGGCCUCAACCGGCGCCCUACGCUCUUUGGCUGCAAUGCCACCAAUUUCACCCUCACUAAUAAUCAAACUGUUCCGCCCCUCAUCUUCUAUAUCCCGAAUGCUCCGUAUACGACGUAUAGCAACGUAUCAACCUUUGAUCUUGUCUACUCAGAGAAUGAGCGCGACGCGAUCAUUCUCAAUGGCUUCAACGGUGCAAACCAAGGGAACGGGACCAUUGACGCUGAGUGGCCCACGUGUGUCGCUUGUGCCAUCAUGAGUCGAAGCUGGUGGAAGGCAGGGGAAGAUCCGCCUCGAGACUGCAGCCAGUGCUUUGACCGGUACUGUUGGAAUGGAACGACAGAUGACACGCCUGUCAGCCAGUAUGAACCUGCUCUCAUUAUCAAGGAGGAUUCUUAA